AUGCCGCAGUCACCCAUGAUAUCGGUGCCUCUCAAGGCUACCAAUGAAAUCGAUUGGGUUGCGCCAUUGAAGACGUAUAUCCGAGAGAGUUACGGAGAUGACCCGGAGCGCUACGCUGAAGAGUGCGCUACUCUCAGCCGACUGCGACAGGAUAUGCGCGGAGCAGGAAAGGAGAGCACGUCGGGUCGGGAUAUGCUAUAUCGAUACUAUGGUCAGCUGGAGCUGCUUGAUCUGCGGUUUCCUGUGGAUGAGCAGCACAUCAAGAUAGCAUUUACAUGGUUUGACGCCUUCACACACAAACCAACAACGCAAUACUCUCUCGCAUUUGAAAAAGCCUCCGUCAUCUUCAAUAUAUCUGCCGUCCUAUCCUGUUACGCAGCCUUCCAGAACCGCGCCGAGGAUUCGCCGCUCAAAGUUGCGUAUCAUUCUUUCCAAGCCUCCGCCGGCAUGUUCACGUAUAUCAACGACAACUUCCUCCACGCGCCGUCAUUCGAUCUCAGUCGAGAAACCGUCAAGACCCUGAUACACAUCAUGCUGGCACAAGCGCAAGAAGUAUUCUUGGAGAAGCAGGUGGCCGAUCAGAAGAAAGUUGCCUUGCUCGCCAAGUUGGCCGCACAGUCAGGCUAUCUGUACGGACAAGCAAUUGAAGGGGUUCAGGAAAACGUCAACAAGGCUAUAUUCGAAAAAGUGUGGUUGACAAUGGUUCAGAUCAAGAGUAACCUGCUUAAUUCAAUGGCUCAAUUCUAUCAAGGCCAAGCAGACGACGAAGCAGGCCAACAUGGUGUUGCAGUCGCCCGCUUCGAAGUUGCGGAAAAACUUGCCAAAGAGGCGGAAAGAUUGUCGCGAAAUUUCCCUGCUACAGUGCCGGCUAGCUCAAACCUCAGCGCCGAGUGUGGUGGACUCUUGCAAGAGAUGGCUAAGCGACAGCUAUCUGCAGUCCAAGACAAGCUCCGCGAAGCGGUCAAAGACAAUGACUUCAUCUAUCACCAGACGGUACCGGCCGAGGCUAGUCUUGCGGCCAUUUCCAAAUUACCGGCAUCAAAACCGAUUCCCGUAAGCGAACUAUACGCUGGUCAGGAUAUGCAGCGUAUAACCGGACCCGACUUGUUCGCCAAGAUUGUACCCAUGGCCGUGACGGAAUCUGCUAGUCUCUAUGAUGAAGAAAAGGCGAAACUCAUACGAGCGGAGACGGAGAGAGUUGAUACCGCGAAUGGAGAGAUGGCAGCAAGUCUAGACUAUUUGCGCUUACCAGGAGCACUUCAAGUGCUGAAAGGAGGGUUCGACCAAGACAUUAUUCCAGAUGAAGACUUCCGACAAUGGUGCAUUGACGUCGCCGAUCACGAAGCCCCUGCCGAGAUAUUCGACUUUCUGCGGAGAGAAAAGGAGUCAAUUGUGUCUACCUUGGAUAGCAGUUCCAAGCAGCUUGAUAUGGAGGAGAGCGUAUGUGAGAAGAUGAGGUCCAAAUACGAAAGCGAAUGGAGCCAGCAACCCAGCUCUCGGUUAACAACUACAUUACGAUCAGACAUUCGCAACUAUCGAGAAGCACUGGAUGAGGCAAUGAGAAGCGACAGCCAACUUGCGACAAAGCUGCGCCAAAACGAGCCAGAAUUUGAUGAAAUGCGCCGCGCCGCGCAGGAAGGUGAAGUUGAUCAGCUGUUUCAAAAAGGUGUUGCUCAAGCCCGGGCUAGGGGUAGCCAUGCAUCCAGCCCAUCCCACAUCGAACCCAAUCUCCUGGACGCUGAUUUUGGUGAGAGCGGCCCUAGUGUGAUGGACCAGGUCAACAAAGUUGAGGACAUUCUCAAGAAGCUUAACCUCAUCAAGCGUGAACGGAAUCAGGUACUGAAGGAUCUCAAAGAAAAGGUACACAAUGACGAUAUUUCACAAGUGUUGAUCUUGAACAAAAAGUCUAUAUCCAACUAUGAGACACAGCUAUUUGAGCAAGAGCUGGAGAAGUUUAGGCCGCAUCAGAAUCGUUUGCUGCAGGCGAAUCACAAGCAAUCACAGCUAAUGAAGGAAUUGACGGCCGCGUUCAAUGCGCUGUUGCAGGACAAGCGCGUAAGAUCAGAGCAGAGCAAGUAUGAGGCGAUACAGCGACAGAGGUCAUCAGUCAUCAACAGAUACAAGCGAGCAUAUCAGGAAUUCCUGGAUUUAGAGGCAGGGCUGCAAAGCGCGAAGAAUUGGUAUUCGGAAAUGCGAGAGACGGUGGGAAGUUUGGAGAAGAAUGUGGAAACGUUUGUCAACAACCGGAGGGCAGAGGGAGCUCAAUUACUGAACCAAAUCGAACAAGAACGGUCUGCGAGCAAGAGCAAUCAAGCCGAACUAGAGCGAGAGCGGCUUCGAGGAUUGAUGGAACGCAUGUCAAUGGAACCGGCCAAGGCUACGCCUCAACCAGCGACAUCCAACCGCCCAACGCCUGCACCGCUAUUCCAACCGGGACAAGCGCCUCGAUAUCCGCAAACCAACUUUCAAGGGCAAUAUCAGGUACCUACAUCACCACCACCAGGUCAAGCCACAUACCCAGGAUAUUCGAGCCCGCCUCCGCAAAGCACCUUCUCGCCGCCAGCAUCGUACAACCCGUCUCAAUAUGGUCGAACUCCAGGGCCAACCUCACCACCGCCUAAUCAGACGUCGUUUGGCAUGAACAUGAUGCCGCACUCACCACCGCCAACGCAGACAUCGUUUGGACAGACGCACCAACAUCAACAUCAACACCAACACCAACAUCAAUCUCACCAGACAUACGGCAACUAUGGAGCGCAGGGGCAACAACAGGGCGGCUAUGUGCCUCCCGGGUUCGUUCCGCCGCCACCACCUCCUGGCCCUCCGCCUCUGGGGCCACAACAGACCUUUCACUAUGAGGGACAUGGCGCACAUGCACAGGGCGGUCAACCGCGAUCAGCACAGCCGCAACAACCUCACGAUCCAUGGGCCGGGCUUAAUGCAUGGAAAUAA